AUGGAGUCCAACCACACUCCUCCAAGGAACUGGAGCCUCCCCGAGGAUGCUUUUGUCGGGCUUCAGCUCCUGUUGCAGUUCAAGCCACUCUUUGUCCCUCUCUACUGCCUCCUGGUGGUGGUGGCAUGCCUGGGCAACUCCUUCUUGGUGCUCUGCAUCGUGGCUGACCAGAAGCUCCACAAUGCCACCAACUUCUUCUUGGGCAACCUGUCGGUGGGCGACCUGCUCAUGUGCUUGACCUGCGUGCCUCUGACCGUCUCCUAUGCUUUUGAGCACCGAGGCUGGCUCUUCGGGCCCGUCAUGUGCCACAGCGUGGUUCUCCUGCAGGCCACCACCGUCUAUGUCUCCGUCCUUUCGCUCACAGCCAUUGCUGUGGACCGAUAUGUGGUGGUGGCCUACCCGGUGCGGAGGCGCAUGGCCCUGCGCUACUGUGGCCUGGUGGUGGCAGCCAUCUGGAUGGUGUCUCUGGCCUUGGCAGUCCCACCCGCACUUUAUUCGACCUACCUGGACCUCAGCAGCACUGGCCACGAGCUCUUCAUCUGUGAGGAACUCUGGGACCGAAUGGAGACGCAGCGGCUAGCCUACUCAUGCGCCAUGCUCUUCAUCAGCUACAUGGUUCCUCUCUUGGCUGUCACGGUCUCAUACUGCUCCAUCUCGGUCCACCUCCACCGUCGGGGCAUUCCUGGCUUGGCUGACCCCAACCGGGGUCAAUGGAACAGGCAGAAACGCAAGAUCUUUCUCCUUCUGGUGGUCUCUGUCUUGGCGUUCGCCUUUUGCUGGAUGCCUCUGCAAGUCCUCAACCUUGUCCGAGACCUGGACCCCAAUUUCUCCAUCCUGAGCAAGAGGUACAUCAACGUGGCCCAAGUCUCCUGCCACUUUGCCGCCAUGACCUCAGCUUGCUACAACCCAUUCAUCUACGCCUCUCUCCAUCGCAAGUUCAGGGCCCACCUGCGGGGCUAUUUCUGCUGCAAGAAGGGCAAACGAGGCAAGACGCCCUCUUCCAAGCCAAUCCGUGCCAGCUCAUGCAAUACCUUUGCCCAUGACACAACCGCAGUGUGA